AUGGUUAACUCCUGUUCUGGCUCUGUCUGCUCUGAUCAGGGUGGUGACCAAGGCCUCUGCCAGGAGACCUGUUGCCAGCCCAGCUGCUGCAAGACCACCUGCUGCAGGACCACUUGCUGCCGCCCCAGCUGCUGUGGGUCCAGCUGCUGCCGCCCAAGUUGCUGUGGGUCCAGCUGCUGCAGGCCCAGCUGCUGUGUGUCCAGCUGCUGUAGGCCCAGCUGCUGUGGGUCUAGCUGCUGCCGCCCCAGCUGCUGUCAGACCACCUGCUGCAGGACCACUUGCUGCCGCCCCAGCUGUUGUGUGUCUAGUUGCUGUAGACCCAGCUGCUGUGGGUCUAGUUGCUGUAGACCCAGCUGCUGUGUGUCCAGCUGCUGUAGACCCAGCUGCUGUGGGUCUAGCUGCUGCCGCCCUAGCUGCUGUCAGACCACCUGCUGCAGGACCACCUGCUGCCACCCCAGCUGCUGUGGCAGUUCUUGUUGCUGA